CGUUAGUGCUGCUUGCAGAAUAGUAGUGAUCCCUUCCUACUGCCAAACAGUAAACAUUGGGACGACAAGCGUCUACGUGUGCAAAUUUCUAACUAAUUUGUUUUAUGUUUAAAUGAGCAAAUACCAGCACUGCAAUGGCAAUUGACUGGCUUGGAUUUGGCUAUGCUGCAGCCAUAGCCCUGGGGGGAUUCAUGGGGUACAAGAAAAAAGGUAGUGUCAUGUCACUGAUAGCUGGGAUAUUGUUUGGCAGCAUGGCCGCCUAUGGGGCCUUAAUGAUUUCAUAUGACCCAACCAAGACGUUCUACUCCCUCGUUGCCUCAGGAGCGCUGACAAUAGUGAUGGGAAUGAGAUUCAAGAAAUCUGGGAAAAUAAUGCCAGCUGGCAUCAUGGCAGGACUAAGUUUGCUGAUGGUCCUGCGACUUCUCUUCAUGGGCGUGAUUGUAAUGUAAUUUGAACAACACAACUGUCUAAAGUGAGACUGAAAAUAUCACUGCAAGGGAUGAAGUUCCAUUUGCACAUUGUUUGUGCUUGCCAAAAUUGUUUUUGUAAUGAUUUGUUUAAUGAAUAUGGGAACAGAAAUACAGUAACAUUUACAACUUGAUCUGAAUAAAUGUUAUAGCACUUACUUAGUUUGACAAUCAUGUUUAGCUGACUCACUGUAAAUAACCUAAUAUAUGUUUGAUAUAAAUGAUGGAAUAGCUCAGAACAGACAUGUAGUGUUUAAUUACAGCUGAUAUUUUGUUUAACAGCC